AUGGGGGAAAAACAGAUCAGCGGGAAGGGCUCUUUACUGAGCAAAGCUAGCUAUAGGGCAGUGGAAGUUCUGGACAGUCUUGGAAGUAGCAUGCCAAAGCUAAAUAACAGUAGUGGGUUUGUCUCUGGCAUGAAUUCUAAAGGGAAGAAAAUAUCAAUAUUGGCUUUUGAAGUAGCUAAUACGAUAACCAAAGGUGCCAUUUUAUUUCACGCACUUUAUGAAGAAAACAUUCAGUUCCUCAAGAGGGAGGUUUUACAAUCCGAAGGCAUUCAGCAAUUAGUUUUGACAGAUAUGAAAGAGUUAAUAAGUCUUUCUGAGAUGGACAAAAGUUAUCCGUCACUGCCAGGUACUGUUCAAAAUAAACAUCAUAGUUCAAAGGGUAAUAUCAGGAUAGCAAUUAUCCUUGCUUCUGUGGGUGCUGCUGUGAUGAUUGCUUUUGUUUUAUUGGCUUAUCAUCGAACACAAGCAAAAGAAUUUCACGGGAGAAGUGAGUUUGGUGGUCAAACUACUGGAGGACUUUCAAGGGCUUCUCUCUUCAAGUUCCAUUCAAAUGCUCUUCCUCCAUCAUCUUCGGCAAGUUUCGGUAAGUCCCGAUAA